UAAUAUUAUCAUAUAUAUCUACUUACUAGUUAGUUUGGUGCACCUAAUGGUAAGCCUAGACGUUUCGUGAAUAUUUGAUUUCCUAUAGCAAUUGAAUAUAAUUAUACGGCGCUGCCGUACUGCAUGGAAUGGGAUAAUAAUUACAGUGUGUCUUGUGGUUAUUGGAGAAGUGAAGUACCAGUGUACAUGUAUCAGUUUAUUCACAAUCACAACCACCGAAAUUAAUUUGAUCAUUUUUCUUUCCAUCCCGCGGUCCAAUGUUAACGCCGCGUCAGACUGAGCAAUUUGGCAGUAGUUGCCAAUAUCGAUACGAUGACAGUAACUUGGUUGGAUCCGGAAGCUUCGGUGAGGUGUACACAGCCAGGAUUACGGAGCGAGGCGAUUAUGUGGGAGAGGACGUUGUCGCUGUUAGACGGGUCAGCAUAAUGCACAAGAGUCUGGUGGAGGAUCCUGAAAACUAUGGCAAGUUACGGGAGAGAUUCCAACUCCUGCUCAAUCUCCAACACAUUCAUCUGGUGCAGUACCAUCAGAUCUCCAUCAUUCCCACACGUAUGGCUGCAGCGGUUAAGUUGAUGAUGGACUAUUAUCCUAGUGAGAAUGCUGGCUGUGAAUGAUGGCAACUUGCAGACGAAGCUGCAGAGGAUGAAAGACAGCGGAAUCCAUCUGCAUUGUAGAGAGGCUGUGGGGCACGCGCUGGACCUCGCUGACGGAUUGGCUUUCCUUCAUCAGAACAAUAUAGUUCACGGUGACCUGAAGCCGGAAAAUGUGCUAAUUGACCGCUCCAGCGCCCAUGGCCAGCUGCAGCAGGAGAAUCUGCGUAUUUCCGACCUGGACCAUCUCGUGACCCUUCAACGGAGCACCGUCAGCGCGCUGGGUGGCGAGCAUUUCCGCGGCAGCGAGCGCUACAUGUCGCCGGAAAUGCUGCGGGCGAUAGGACCCCCCGUGAGCCGGCAUACGUGGCCGGUGCUGCCCGGCUGCGCCACGGACAUGUGGAGCGUGGGAUGUAUCCUGCUGCAGUUAGUCCGCUGCAUGACGGGAGACUACAGGGAAAUACUGCACCAUCCGGUCAGCGGGCAAGUGCGGGGCGCCGGCGCGACAGAAACCCUCAAAGAUCUGGCCUUCUCGACAGCGGUUAUGAGCGGUUACAUUCCCGUCGUCCUCGUCAGUGAUGCCGCAUGCACGGCCGUGCCGCCCGAACUAGCCGCGUGUAUUGGAGACUGCCUACGCACCGCCGGUGACCAGAGAAUAACGGCGCAGCAGUUGUGCGAUCGUUUGUCACACAUCAACUAAUACAAAGUAGACUCGUGGACCUUCAAGCCAUAGCGAUUUUGCUGUUUUUCCAAGUGACUCUGACAGGCCUAGGUACAUGUAAGAACAUCCUUUAAUUUCGCACUGGUGUGGUGCUGUACAACUGUACCUACUUAAUGUACAUACGUACUAUAAAGUUAAUUAUC